GGGGACUCGGGUGACAGAACGUCUGUCACUAUAACAGCGUUGUGCGCUUGAUCUCGGCGCAUAGCCAGCAGUCACUAUUACAGGGAGCUAGUAGUAGCGGCCCGUGCUCCCUUUCCUGAUUGGCUGAUAGAUGAUAAGACCAGGAGGGGGAUACGGCGGAUUGGCUGUCCGGGACGUCUUUCAGCGGCGUUGUACUGCCCAGUGUGUGAAUGAAGCAGAGUGUCAGGAAUAGAGGAGAGGCAGAGGUGAGAGCAGCCGGGGGAGCAUCUGACGCAUCACCGGGGCCAUCCUUAUCGUCACCAGCCGGGUACCAGCACCAUCUCCCCGCCUGACAGGUGAUAUUUUCUGCUCUACCUGUCGUUCUCCAGAGUGUAUAAAACAGUCAUCUCUGCAGUGGAAGGGAAGCUAUCACCCUGCUCUUUUAUUGGGAAAUGCCCCUUCACCUAUCCCCUGAAAAUUCCUUUAUUUCCAAGCAAGAGCUGCUCUGCUUUGCUGAACCAUCUCAAAGCGACAGUGAAUAUGACCUGAUCACCCCAGAAGGCAAUGAGCAAGCUGAUGCACUGCUGUCAAAGACGCCAAUGCACUCUGGUGCAAGCAACUCUCCAGACUCCUAUACUGCCCCUCUCUACAAUGAGACGUCUACCAAGAAAGCGUUGUAUGACCCAUGCGAAAUUAAAUUCAUACCCUCCGAAAAUGAAAACCUGUGUGGCUGGGGUGCCAUCAAACCUACCUUUUUACAGUUUUUUAACACAUCCAAAGGUGUGCUCUUUUUCCUAUGUGUGGCCUCUUUUCUCCAGGGCAUGGUGGUAAAUGGCUUCAUCAAUACUGUCAUCACUUCCAUAGAGCGAAGAUUUGAUCUACACAGUUACCACAGCGGACUGAUUGCCAGCUCGUAUGAUAUAGCAGCUUGUGUGUGUUUGACAUUUGUCAGUUACUUUGGGGGCAAUGGCCACAAACCUCGCUGGUUGGGCUGGGGAGUACUUAUUAUGGGGAUUGGUUCUGUAGUGUUUGCACUGCCACAUUUCACCACUGGUGUGUAUGAAGUGAACUUUGAAGAAGAUAAUGGAGUAUGUCUCUCUAAUGAAACUUACCACGUCAAAGAAAGUGCCUUGAGUCUGUCUCACUACAGAUAUGUCUUCAUGUUAGGACAAUUUCUUCACGGGAUUGGAGCAACUCCUCUAUACACAUUGGGAGUCACUUACUUAGAUGAAAAUGUUAAAUCAAGUUAUUCUCCGGUGUACAUUGGUAUAUUUUACACAGCGGCCAUAGUUGGACCAGCAGUGGGAUAUUUGCUUGGAGGAUUUUUCCUAAAUGUGCACACGGAAAUCAACAGCCCGACUGAUCUUACACCUGAAAAUCCGCUCUGGGUUGGUGCCUGGUGGAUUGGAUUCCUGGGUGCUGGAGCAGCUGCUUUCAUCAUUUCUUUUCCAAUACUGGGCUAUCCACAGCAGCUGCCAGGCUCUCAGCGUUAUGUGGUUAUGAGAGUGUCAGAGGCUCAUCAGGUGAAAGAUGGGCAUCACAAACCAGAUGCUGAUUUUGGGAAGACAUUUAAAGAUCUGCCAAAGUCAUUAUUGAUGCUUUUGAAAAACCCCACCUUUAUUUUCCUGUGCUUAGCUGGAGCCACCGAAGCUACCCUCAUCACAGGCGUGUCAACAUUUGGACCAAAGUUUCUAGAAUCACAGUUUAGUCUAAGUGCAUCAGAUGCUGCAACGUUUUUUGGAUAUCUGGUGGUUCCUGCCGGUGGUGGAGGUACCUUACUUGGAGGAUUUAUAGUGAACAAACUGAAACUUCACUGCUCAGGAGUGAUUAAAUUCUGUAUCUUAUGUACUCUUGGAAGUCUGAUGUCAAUCUUCGUGUUCCUAAUAAGCUGCCCUAACAUGUCCAUGGCCGGAGUGACAGCACCUUACCAAGACAGUGCCCUCUUUGCUGGAAGCCUGAAUCUAACCGCUGCAUGUAAUGGCGGCUGCCGCUGUUUGCAGGAUCAUUACAGUCCUGUCUGUGGAGCAGAUGGUGUCAUGUAUUAUUCUGCCUGUUAUGCGGGGUGCUCUGGAGCAUACAUGGAUCAUGGUGACGGUAACAAGGUUUAUGAAAACUGUAGCUGUAUUGCCUCAAAUAUCUCAGCCGCUGGUGGACAAGCCGUAGUGGGGAAAUGUUCGUCUUCCUGUCACAAGAUGUCUGUGCUUUUAGCAUUUACAUUUUCCAUUAUCCUGUUUACAUUCCUGUGCAGUAUUCCUGCAUUGACCGCAACACUAAGGUGUGUCUCAGAUAGUCAGCGUUCUUUUGCACUUGGGAUCCAGUGGAUAUUAGUACGGACAUUAGGUGGAAUCCCUGGACCUAUCGCCUUCGGCUCAAUGAUUGAUAUUUCAUGCCUGCUCUGGCAGAACCAAAGUGGAGAGAAAGGUUCUUGUUACAUAUACCAAAAUUCAGCCAUGAGCAAAUACAUGCUCUUUGCUGGUCUUACUUACAAGGUGAUUGGAUCAGUGUUCUUCCUACUCGCUCUGUGUCUUUAUAAACCUCCCCCUGUUUCCCCCGUAAGCAGCAUGGACAAAACAGCCAAUGGGCAUUCAGAAAAAGUCUCUCAAGAAGAAACUGCUGUGACCUCAUCAGCAAGUCCCACCUAGCUGCCCCUCUGCCACCAUAUGUCCUCAUUACCUAGCGCUAUUGCUGUGUUGCCUUCACGUAUCACACAAGUCUGUAAUACUAAAUGCAGUCACAUAAUAUUGAGCUACAGUGUUGUCACUAUUCAAGUAUUUUUAUUUUUGGUUACAUUGUAUUUUUAAAGACUUCUUCCUUAGGGAAAAAAGGGCUAUUUAGAGUACUGUAGCGUCGCAUGCAUCUCAUGUGUCACAGAAUGCAACGAUAAACACGAUUUCAGCAAAACUGCACCAGAGUUAGCACAAAAAGCCUUUAUGUUUUAGUUAGUACUUAAAAAAAGAAAACGUUCAAUGCUAAAUGGUUUUCUUUGACCCUGGAAGGACCCUGUCUUGGUAAAUAAUGCAUUUCCUUCUUGUUUUAUUUUUUUUAAUUUUUAUAAAGCAUUGCAGUAUAUUAGAGAAACUCAGCGCAUUGGCAGCCGCGUGCAUCACAUAGACAGUCUGCCACAAGACUAUUCCAAACACUACUGUCUUUCUGGAAAAUGAUGACAUACAGAUGUGUCCUCAUACAUCUAGCCUCAAUACAGCACGCAGUGGGAGAUGCCUGACGCAAGUGAGCUGACAGAUUCUAUGCAACUCUGCUAGCGUCUGGUGUACUGAUUAAUCUAAUGUGACCCUAGUAUAAAUGUGUGCGACUGAGUCUGUAUAUGAAGCACAACAGAACUUGGCAGACUCAGAGACUUAGUCGCACACAGAUAUACAAAUGUUGCAUAUUGGACAGUACGGAUGGUGUAAUGGUUAGCAUUACUGCCUCACAGCACUGAGGUCAUGGGUUUGAUUCCAACCAUGGCCCUAACUGUGCGGAGUUUGUAUAUUCUCCCCAUACUUGUGUGGAUUUCCUCCGGGUACUCCGGUUUCCUCCCACGUUCCAAAAAUAUACUGGUAGGUUUAUUGAUUCCCUACAAAAUUAACCCUAGCGUGAAUGUGUCUGUGUGUACAUGUGGUAGGGAAUAUAGAUUGUGAAUGGGCAAAUAUUCUUUGUAAAGUGCUGCGGAAUAUGUGUGCGCUAUAUAAAUAACUGGUAAUAAAUAAUAUCAAAUUACUGGUUACAGUCUCCUGGUGCAUCCUUGAUGCAUUGUGUUGUGACGAAUACGUAUUUUUGGCAAAAAGGAUGCCUGACGCUAGCAGAGUCUCAUAGGACCAGCUAUGCCAAGAGGUGCUGUUUGGCGUGACUGCAGCAAUGAUGUAUGAAGACACAUUGUAUUUAGAUGUUGAAACAUUGUGGAUACAGACAUUGCAUUUACUCUGGUUCAUAGUCCUUGUGCUGCAUUAACAGUGGCUAUCUCAAAAUGGGCAACAUUACGAUUCCAUUAUUGUCUGUCAAUGUUAAAUUCUAAAGUAUGGUCACCAGAACUAAACUAGAACCGUAUAAGCAGAUAAAGGGCGUAUUGACAACCACUCGCUCAUAGAGUAUGCCUGCCCAUAGUACAGUAUGUUUCAUUAAGCUAAAACUGGAUAUAGAUCCGUUCUGAGCACAGUGUUACCAGACAUACAUCUUAACAAUUCGAAAAACAUUAUUUUUCUUAAAGGCAAACAAAUUCCUCUCUCCUAAAAUAUCCUCCUGUACUUGCUUCAUUUUUAAGGGGGGUACUCACGGAGAGAUCCAUGCUUAAAAUCUAAGCAAUCUGACUAGAUUGCUUAGAUUUUAAGCAUGGAUCUCUCGUGUGUAUGCCCCCCAGCGAUAGCGAUGCGUGGCCCAGCGCGUUGCUUUCGCCGGUGUUUGGUUGGUCUGCAUGCAGGCUCAAUCUAGCACAUCGCUCAUUUCACCCGGCGGGUGAAAUAAGCGCCCCAUCCCCUCCCCCCCUCGCUCAGCACACAUCGCACUGUGCUGAGUGGGGGGAGAGAUGUGUGCUGAGCGGUGAAAUGAGCGACCUGUUAAGGGGAGUACACAUGGAGCGAUCGCUGCUUAAAAUCUAAGCAAUCUGACUAGAUUGCUUAGAUGUUAAGAACAGAUCACUCGUGUGUACCCCACACAGCGAUAGCCACAUCGCUAUCGCCGGUGCUAGAUUGGCCUGCAUGCAGGCUCAAUCUAGCACGUCGCUCACUUCACCCGCUGGGUGAAAUGAGCGGCCCCCCGCCCUCCCCCGCAUCGCUCAGCACACAUCGCACUGUGAUGAGCGGCGGGAGAGAUGUGUGCUGAGCGGUUCGCUCAGCACACAUCUCUCCCGUGUAUAUGGGCCUAUAGAGUGUGCCUGUCCCCAAUCUAGUACCAGCGAUAGCGAUGCGCGGCCCUAUCGCUGUGGGGCAUACACAUGGAGAGAUUCGUGCUUAACUUCUAAGCAAUCUAGUCAGAUUGCUUAGAAUUUAAGCAUGGAUCUCUCUGUGUACCCCCUUUACACUAUUGGUAAGUAAAGGGCAGUACACACGGGGAGAGAUGUGUGCUGAGCGAUCUGUUACAGACCGCUCAGCACACAUCUCCCCC